AUGGCUUCAUCACAUCUGCCUCCCACUCCGGCCUCAUCGACGGAUAUCCGGGGCAAGGAGAAGCUGGUGCCUCUUGCUCCUGCUUUCAAUCUUCCACCCUCGGCAUACGCAGAAGGCAGUGAUAGAGCUACCUCAUCACCUCUCUCAAGUCAUGGUUCCGACUCAUCGUACCACCCUCAUUCACCCGUGUCCCUGAACAAUGCGAGACGUAAGUCCAGCGCUGCUCAGUCGAGCUUGGCCAAGGCAGACGACACAUUCGCUCUUCCUCCACCGCCAACUCGCAACCGUAAGAUUAUCCAGAUGAAGCCGAAGCCUGCAGCUGGUGAGAAGCAACCAGAAUCCGAGGUUGAAGCAGCUCCAGCAAAGGCCACUGGUGGUAGAAAGAAGGGUGCCAAUGCAAGCAGUACGGCUGCUAGCCGUAAGGUCGCUCGCAAGACUGCACACAGCUUGAUUGAAAGACGACGACGCUCCAAGAUGAACGAGGAGUUUGGUGUGCUCAAGGAUAUGAUUCCAGCUUGUCAGGGUCAAGAAAUGCACAAGUUGGCCAUCCUGCAGGCAAGCAUUGAAUACCUUCGAUACCUCGAGCGUUGCAUCACCGACCUCAAAGCCGACAACACAGCUGUGAGACAGGGCUCAAUAUCACAGCCUGUCCUCCCUGCUCCGCCUGUCCCACAACCUGCCACUGUUGUCGAUCAACCCAUGGAGCCUGAAGAAGACGAAGACCAAGAAAUGUCCGACACAAACCACUCAACCGGUGCUUCAACACCCAACGGUCCCCUCCUCUCCCACGUACAUUCCCGCGAGUCCAUCCCAUCUCUGGCCUCUCUGCCUUCCAUGUCUCAUUUCGGAUACAAAUCACCUGCCAUUGCACCUUCCGACGCUUCCUCUUCUCGACACUACAGUAUCUCUUCUACCUCUGCCCCAUCUUUCUCUCCUUACAUCCACUCACAACAAGCAUCGCCCUUUUUCGCUCCAACCGCAGGUCAACAUGAGCCUGCCCCCUUCGCACUCACAAGUCCUGCAUUGAGGGCGCAGGACUCAUCCCUGCGUCCCAAGCCAAAUACCAUGGGUGAGGAUAUCAAUGUUCGUGAACGCAGAGAAAAGGACUUGGAUCGCGAGGCCAUGGCCGCUCUGCUAAUGUUGAACUCGGACAGGAGGGUCUACAAGGACAAGUCCGGUCGUGGUAUGAGUGUGCAAGACCUUUUGAGCAAUUAA